UAUGAAGAUCUUUGCUCUGUGUGCCUUCCUUCUACUCGCUCUGGCUGCCGUCCAGGCAAAGAGUACUCCUGAGAUAAAGUCUAUUUCAUCCAAGACCCUUGGAAAAACUGCAGGAUAAUUAUAUCUGGUAAAUCCAAAUAUAAUGUAGAAGGUGAACCGAAACAGACAGCCAAUUUGUAAACUGGACAAACAAGAAAUGUUUUAUUUUUAAAUAUCUUAAAUAAAAAACCUUUUUAGCAAA